AGGAGGCGUGUGAGAAGGACACUUUAGAAUUGGCUCCCAAAGUUUGCACGAAAGCAGCAGGUUCUUUGCGCUUUUCCAAUUUAUGGAGCGGACUUUUUGUAUUUGUAAGCGUCCAAUUGUAAUUCAACUUGCAAUUGCAAGCUGAAUAUCACUCCGGGGCUCCGUGAUGACGUCCACGGUUAUUCUCAUUGCACUGCUUGGCGUAUUUACGCACCGAGACACUUUGACGCACGGCUGCCAGCUGCCGUCCGAGUGGCGGCCACUGAGCGAGGGAUGCCGCGCGGAGCUGGCCGAGAUCAUCGUGUACGCGCGGGUUCUAGCCAUCCACCGGGAGCCCCUGGGUGGUGGGGUGGACAGCCUCUACAACUCGCUGCCCGUCGGAUUCGGUUACGGGUACGAGGGCGCGGAGGAAGGGCUGCUGUACUCGGCGGAGGUGGAGCUGCUAUGCGAUCAAGCCUGGGGGAGCAUGCUGGAGGUCCCGGCGGGGUCCCGGCUUAAUUUCACCGGCCUGGGCUACCUCUCCUGUCAAUCUCACACGGUGAUGGAGAACUACUCCUACUUCUUCUUCCUCAGGAUGGAUGAGAACUACAAUAUCCUGCCCCACGGCGUCAACUUCCAGGACGCCAUCUUCCCCGACACGGCCGAGAACCGGCGAACCUUCUCCAGCCUCUUCCAGUUCUCCAACUGCACUCAGGGGAGCCAGCCGUUCCACACUUUCAGCCCCGAGUGGGACACUGCGGAAGACAGCAGGCUGCUGUGCUCCUCCAUGCAGGCGGCGCUGUUCGACGAGGAGGAGCGAGCCCGCAACCUGCAGGAGCGCCUAGCCGCCGCCGAGCGCAGGAACAAACAACUAAAGAGCCGCGUCCGUAAAGUGAAGCGCUCCCUGAGGAACGCCCGCAAGGCUACGCGCAAGGCCGAGCAGGAGGCGCAGGACCUGCUGGUGAGGCUCACGGCGGCCGAGCGCCAAGUCGGCCAUCACCUCAACACCAUCACGCAGGAAGAACCCCCGCCGGGGCGAUACGCCGGCUCGGCCCUACGGCAGAGAAUUCGACUCUGAUCAAACCUGAAGGUUGGACUAUGAGAGACUGCUGGGCGGUCUUUGCGGACAAAAACCAUCCCAGUAUCUGGAUUUCAGUCUCCAUUCAAGAUUUUCUCCAUGUUGAUUCAUAAAGGGUGGAAAAUCAAGCUACUGGUUCAUAACAUUUAUUGAAAAUGCUCAAAUGUAUUAUUCAUAUCCAAUAUCACCUAUUACAGCAUAUAGAAUAAAAUCUUGUGUCAGUUUAAGCAGCAAUCUGAUUGGCUGCAAAGUUUUUACUCAUAUUUUGAUAUAAUAAACUAGAUGGAAUGUGA